GCCGUGCGCAGCCGCCGCCCAUUGGCCAACCCUUCAAGCCCGGCCGUUUCUGAUCCCGGCCUCUUCGUCGCUUGAUCUCCCUCCGGUCGCCCUGAUCGCGGCGCCGGCACCGUGUCAGGGGCGCGGCAUUGGGAAGAGCCGUGUCAGGGGCCGCCCCACGUUGCCUAUAGAGACUGUCCAAUGGGCAUGGAUACGCUCGUCGCGGCGGCGCUCGAGGAGGUGUGCGCCCGCCUCUCGCGCGGCCUCCCAGUAACCGCCCUCUGGACGGCGAUCUCCGGCUCGUCCGCAGCGGCCGGCCUCCCUCUCGACGCGGCCGUCAAGCGCGUCCUCUUGGCCCGCCUCACCGCGCUCCCCGUCAUCAACCUCGUGGAGGGCGGCCGGGAGGGAGCGCCCUUCCACCCGGCGGAGGAGGACUUGGUGGAGGAGGCCGAGCGGCGUGGCGCGCGGCUGGUCGCGAGCGCUGCUCUCAGGGACAACUUCCUCGGGAUUUAUGACGACCAGAAGAUGAGUGACGACCAGAAGACGACGCUAGAACGUAUCGGGGCAAGCAGGACUUUUGGCGUCAUACAAAGAAGUAUAAGCAUCAAAGGAAAUGACAUCCAUUAUGUUGUAAAGACCCUUCAGUCGCAGGGGCUAAUUGUUGGAAAAAAAGCAAUUGUAAAGUCUAAUGAUCAAGCUGUGAGGGAAGAUGCUUCACGGAAUAAUCAUGUCAUCAGCACCAACUCAUUAUAUCUCUCAAGAUAUGCCAAAGACUUGAACGUGAACUCAUAUCAAAGAAUUGAGAUUACAGAGCCCAAACUUGGGAGCGAUGAAGAAACUAACGUAGGUGCUUUACAAGAAGAUGAUACUCUUAGUGUAGAUUACAAGAACGGUGUAACUUUUCGUGAUUAUCUUCCAGAAAUGAAAGCCAUAUGUGACAAACUUGAAGAAGCUAGUGGAAAGGCUCUUGCCGUGUCAGAUCUAAAAAAGGAUCUCAGUUACAGGAUGGCAUGUGGGCACAGAGCAUGGAAAAAUGUACUGCAUAGGCUUUUAGAUGCACAACUUGUUGAAGAAAUUGAUGCCAAAGUUGACGAUGAGGUUGUCCGCUGCUUACAUCUUCUAAAGAGAUUUAAUCCAAAUGAGUUUAAGGCAAAAAGUGCAACCUCAAACUACAAACAUGGCAAGAAAGGCCUGGCAACUGAUCAAGUUAUAGAGCUUCCAUUAGAGAACUGCAUAUACGAUUUGAUCGAUGCUCAAGGGCCCAAAGGUGUAACCCUUGUUGAGCUUGGCAAACGUCUUGGAGGCAAGUACAACAAUCCAAAAGAGCUCCAUAAACGAGUGUUGCCUAUGUGUGAAAGAUUCAAUUUGACUUCGGUCAGGGAAGUCGUAGGCAAAACAAAACAGUACAGAGUUUGGACUUCAAAAAACUUUUCAUUGUGCAAAGCUGCUCUGCAAAAUUGUGAUGCGCUAGAUGAUCAUGACAAUUGUUCUGAUUUGUGGCCUUCCUUUCAAUCUAAAGAAUCGGAUUCCCUUAGCCCACAGGGUGAUUCAUUUGUUAAUAAUAAAUGCUUGUUUGAAGAAGAUUGUCAUGAUAAACCAGUCGUACAUCAUCUCCUGAGUAAGCAUCAAGCUUGUGUCGGAAUUUCUCAACUAGUUGAACAAGAUAAAGUUGCCUUUAAGAGGAAGAGGUGUUGCUGGCCUGCUUCAUCUUCUGAUGAUCAAAGACAGAAAAUGAUUCUUCACAUAUUAAAGAAAAAGAAUUUUGUAUUGAUGGUGGAGUUACGUAAAUGGUUAAAGAGACUUGAAAAGGAAAAUGGAAAAAUAAUGGACAGGAAGACAUUGAUUCGCACUUUGAAUAAGCUUCAGCAAGAGGGUAGCUGUAAGUGUACCAAAGUUAAUGUCCCUGUGGUUACAAACUACGCUGGCAGUCGUUGUGUUGAUGUAAUACUGAAUGCUUCAGUUAAGGUCAUGUCACCAGAACUCAUGGACCAAAUUAGGAGCAGGUUAAGAAAUUUUGAUUCUGAAAGUCAUUCAGGUGCAGCAGCUAAAUUGAGGCAAAAACAAGAUAUUGCUACCAUACAUGGAUUGAGGGUUCAACGCAGAGUCAAAGUUAAAAAAACAUCAAUAACAGAAGCUAUUCAUGCCAACGGAUUCAUAGGUGCAAAGAUGAUCCGGGCAAAGUUGUUACAUAAGUUUCUGUGGGUAUAUGUUAGUUGUUUGCCAAAUUGGUGUAGCCUAUUUGAUUGUGCCAAAGAAGGGCAGCAUGAUCAAUCAUGCCAGUUGUUUUCGAUCGCAGCAGCAAUAAAAAAAAUGCCUCUUCAACUCUUUCUACAAGUUGUUGGAUCAGCAAAGAUUGACAGCAUGGUAACAAAGUUCUCUCUUGGAAAAACACUUUCAGAGAUCCCUACCAAUGUAUACAAUCAGCUCAUGGAUACUCAUGCCAAGGGCCGACUAUCACGUUUAAUAAAUAUUUUAGAUAAGCUCAAGUUGAUCAGACUUGUAAACAGACAUGUAGAGGAUUCUGAUGUGCAAUCAGAUGCGCUGCCUACACAUUCGCUGGAGCUCCGACCUUACAUUGAAGAACCUUCACCAAGAAUUGUUCCAUCAUCGCACGCCAAUGUAAACCAUCGUCCAAAAAUGCGGCAUGAUUUUCAGCUUUCAAAGCAGGAGUGUGUUGAUGCUUACUGGGAAACAUUAAAGUACUGUUACUUGUCAGCAGGCUUGGCUGAGCCAAGUGCCUUCCCUGGCUGUUGUGUACCUGAGGUUUCUCAUCCACGUUCGUGGAGUUCGCUAAGAAUAAUGACUACUAAACAACAUCUGGAAUUACAACGUCUUAUGAAUGAAAGUGAGAUGGGGGAACUUUCUUAUAAAGUUUGCCAUAUAAUUGCAAAGGAAUUGAAUCUCUCUGUGCAACAGGUACUCUGUGCUUCCUCCAAGAAUAGACAGAUUUCUGGUACACAAAAUCAUCGAAAAUUUAGUUCAAAAUCAAGCGCUCAGAAAAGGAAAUGGUCUGCUGAUGAGAUUAGCAUGAAGUUUAUUAAGCAAAAAGUUGAAGCUCGUGGAUCAGCUGAACAGAGCUCAGCCCAGUCUAUCCUGGAUGAAGAAAUAAUGGAGAAAAUCUCUCCAUCAUCCACUGAUCCACCAGAACAACGUUUUAUAUGCUGGUAUCCAGAACUGACAGCACUCCAACAUGCUACACUGAUACUCCCUCGCAUACAAAUAAAGACAAGGAAAUUCCAACUGAGCAGGAACAGCUGGUUAUGCAAUGUGCAACCAGCACAAGCACUGUAGUUCUGAACAGUGGAUUCCGCGAACAUGUGAAAUUGUGUAGACAUCUCAAUUCAAUCCAUCCAAGUAAAAACAUGGCAAUUCCCUGCAGAUCUCAUGAAGAUGUCAUUAAACUCGACAAAGCUGAGAAUACUAAAAGAGGU